ACAACUACUGUUCCAUCUCUAGCUCCCUGGCUCCUUGAAUAUCUAAACUCCUUCUGACAGAGUCCUUUUAAACCUACUAUCUCAAAACCUCUAAACUGUAUUAAUUAGUAUUCAUAUUUCUCCUUUCAUCAAUGGAUUCAACUAUGGGAGAAAAGCUUAGAGCCAUGAAUAGUUACAAAAAGAGUCAGUUUCUUUACAGUCUCAUUCUUCAUUCUCUUAUAGCACUAACAUGUAGUUUACUAUGUUCUUACUGUUACCGGUUUCCUUCUCUUUGCUGUGCAAUGAAGCAUUUUCUGUUCACCUCUCUCCCAAAUAUUUCUUCUUUCUUCGUUAAACCCAAGUGUUUGUUCAUCGUUGUCAAUGUCAUAGUUGUCUUUCUUGUGGGGGAAUCUAAGCUUUUCGACUCAAACUUGUCACCGGCGAGUGACCUUUACGACGAAUAUGUGGAGAGGAGUCACAGUCUCAGGGGACAGUACUCCACUUCUCGAGAGAGCAAAGUGGAGAGGAAUUCUGAAACUCAUGAUGUGUAUAUUAAGCACAGUCUAGACUACUCCAAUCAGCUUCCAGAGGAAAAAGAAGAGAGGAAAUUGGAGAUGAUCUUGAUCGAGGACAGUACGAAUAUGAUUGAAGGAAAAAAAGUGAUGAAAGAUCAAGAGGAGGCAGAAGAUAAAAAAGAUCAAGUAAAAGCAGAAGUUGAGGACGAUGACGAUGAAGAUGAGAUGGGAUUGCCUGCUGAGGAGCUAAAACAAAGAGCUGACGAGUUUAUUGCCAAAGUCAAUAAACAAAUGUGGCUUGAAGCCAACUUAAUGGUUUGUGCAAAAGCCUGAUUAAUCAGGGACUCUGCCAAAAAAAGAGAGAGAGUUUGGGAAAAAUAAACCAUGGGAAUUAUUCUGUCUUGUAGCUAGCUAACUAGGGAUCAUAGUAUCAUACUUCAUAGGAAUUAAUCUUGAUUAAUUAGUACAGAUCAUGCUCAACUUCUUGUGUACUUUGA